AUGGAGGGGGGGCAAGUUGUUCUGGGACUCAGAGCCAGUGGCAGCUACCUGCCUCCCUACUUCCUCCCUCCCAUGCCCCCACAUUCCUUCCUCUGUACCCAUGUACCCUCGUGUUACCCCCGGGUCUACAACAUCCACAGUCGCGAUGUCACCAGGUACCCUGCCAACUCCAUCGUGGUUGUCGGAGGCUGCCCCGUCUGCAGAGUUGGGGUCCUGGAGGACUCCUUCACAUUCCUGGGGAUCUUCUUGGCCAUCAUCCUGUUCCCCUUCGGGUUCAUCUGCUGUUUCUCCUCCACCCUGAGCAUUGCCCGCGCCCUUAGCCCACUUAGGGGCCCUGGUGUAGCUGGCGCCCUCACCUGCGGGUCUGGGGCACCUGGCCGGCCUCCUGCUCCGCACGGGCAGCCGUGCACCUGGGCACCACCCUGCUCUCCGGGCUUCGGUGCACCUGGCAGCUCGGUCCUGCCAGGGUCCUCGUCCUGUUUCCUUCGAACCGGGCUGCCCACCCACCACCCCCGGGUCUACAACAUCCACAGUCGCGAUGUCACCAGAGUUGGGGUCCUGGAGGACUCCUUCACAUUCCUGGGGAUCUUCUUGGCCAUCAUCCUGUUCCCCUUCGGGUUCAUCUGCUGUUUCGCCUUAAGGAAGCGGAGAUGCCCUAACUGCGGUGCCACCUUCUCGUAA